CAGAAAGAAAAAACCGUUCAUGAUGUCUCAAAACAAUUGUUUUCAAGCAAUGACAGACAAACAGACAUGUUUACCUCUACGGAACAAACAUAGUGCCGAAGUAAAUUCCUUCGAUCCAAUUACCUAGUGAUUAAUGAGCGGUCGUAAGAAAGGUAUUACGGUGUCGGUGAAGUGUGGCGGGUAUGGCCGAUUGGAUAUUACGGCCGCCAUCAUGAGUCCGAGGACACUGCUGGUCUUCAAACUCUUGCUGGUUUUGGUUGGGUCUACAUCAGCAGGCACGCCAUGCGACCUGUCCAUCACAGGGAUAGUCGAUGAAGGCAACUUGGGCCAGACCAGUGACUUUAACUGGCUUGGAGUACUCAGAGUGCAUAUACAUGAUGACGAAACAGUUCAAGUGGCAGUGACGGGGAUUGUCCUCAUCAAGCCUAAGUAUGUUCUCGCCAACGCUGAUGACAUCGUCAGAAUCCCUAAACGAAUCUUUGAUACGGACUCGCAAGCCAUGUUCCUGGGAGUGGAGGACACGCCGUGGUACUGCAAGCCGGUGUCGUACGUCACGCACCCGGAGUACGAGUACCAAACGUACAACACCAUCGCCAUCGUCGAGCUCAAUAUAGAAGACGCUACGAAUUAUCCUCUAAAUCCGAUUUGUUUGCCGGUUCAAUCGCUGAACACAUCUAAUUUUCUGUAUCUCACUGGAUACACAGAUGAGAACCAACUAUUGGAAAAGGUUAUUUACAAGAUCCAGUAUAUACCGAAAGAAUCUUGCGAAGAGUUUUACAACAGGGCCGGGCUGUCAGCUAAGGACCGUGUGCCGUCGAGCUACAUCUGCGGCUUCUCGCCGUUCAACAAGACGCACUGCGUGUGGGACAACGGCAUGGCGCUCGUCUCCAACGCCUCGGGCUGGUUCAGUCUGAUCGGUUUCGGUGUCCGCGGGCCGGGGUGCGCAGCCCCCGCGCGGUUCAUCGACCUCAACACCUACUUCACCUGGAUCAACUCCGUCACUACGCAGGAGACGGAGAUGUACGACUCUCCUGACUACAGGAGACUGGGCGCCGAUGACGUCGAGUAUAUCCCCACACAUGACCUGUAUCGUCCAGCUGAGUCUCGUAAACACAUAGAGCCUGAUCAGGUGUUCAUGGACCGGGAGUACAUCCCGUACCCCUUCGAUGUGAGGAAACUAAAACAGUUUGAGAUUGUUCCUACCGACGACAACGCCCUCGCUAUUUUUCCCAUUAACGAGAAGUUGGAGAUGCACGUGCACGCCUGCGACAAGACCAAGGAGCUGAUGUAUGCGGAGUACUUCGAACUGCACGUGACCGGCGACUCCAGGGGCAUCGCGCUUUAUAAGCUGUCGUUGUAUGACGUCAUUUACAAGGUGUGCGUGUGUGUUCUGCUCAAAGUGGAAGCUGAAAGCCGCACAGAUGCUGUGCUCUCCUUUAAGGAAGAGUUUGACUUCAGUCUGGGCACACAGCUCACGGACUCCAGCGAAACGCCCGAGGAACUGUUCAGGUACUACCCAAUCAUCGAGAGAACCACCGAGCCCGACCCCAACACCACCGUGUGGGCACCAAACCAAAACCUCAAGCCGCGAUACCUCAAGGGCAAUAUGAAGAGCGGCACCGUCCUCAACUACGACCUCUACAUCAAAUUCGAAUUUAAUGGAACAGCUAAACUCAAGUUCGAAUUGUAUGCGAAGCCACCCAUCCAGGCCACUCCGGCCCCCACGGAGUCAUCGCGAAGGUCGAACUUUGGGAAUCAGCAAUUGAGGGUUGCUAAGAAGAAGAAGAAGGAGAAAUUGGGUAAGAAGAAGAUGGCACACGAGUGGGGGUUGGGGUUGAAUAACAGGAUCUCGAGUCGUAGGGUGGACAGCAGGGUGAGGCAGCCGGCGGUGACGGUGGUGGCGGACCUGGGCACCGAGGUGCAAGAGACCGUGAGCGGGAGCGCGCGCCUCGCCAGGACACCGGUGCUCGUGCUGCAACUGUGCUUGUGCUACUGUUGGAUUUUAGUGAUGAGUGAUGACAUGUAGUCGUAGUGAUCGUGUUCUAUUGUUUUGAUAGUAACUAUCGUGAAAAUGGUUCAUUAUUAAAUGAUGCAACGCCC